UCAUUCACAGCGCAUCAUCUGAUCCAGGAACAGCACUUUCCCUCACUGGUGUUUCUCUGUUUUUAGUCUUUUUAACUCAGCUAGUCCUUUUGUAGUCAGCUAAAGAAAGCGAAAGUGUUUGCGUCAGGUGCGCGCUCUAACUUUCUAAAGGAUACGCGCGUGGCCGAUGAUGAUUUCUGCUGAAAGAGGAACAGCAUCUGCGUAAAAACUGAUCUGAGUUCAGCUCACUUCACACCGAACAGCAGGCUUUUUAAGAGCUGUGGAUCCCCAUCCCGAAACUCACGGAGACAAAAACAUACCAAAUGGUUUUUCUUUGGGACGCCAAAUACGAACCUGCGCCCGGGCGACGCUUCACGCCUCCCUCCACCACCCUGAGCUCGGGGAAGAUGAGCGAGGGUUUGCCGCUGGGCGCUCAGGAGAGCAGCGGCGCCGCCCUGAUGGGUAAACUGCGCAUGGCGGACCGCAGCAUGGUGGAGGUGCUGUCCGAAAACCCGGGGGAACUGGUGCGCACUGACAGCCCAAACUUCCUCUGCUCCGUCCUGCCGACACACUGGCGCUGCAACAAGACCCUGCCCAUCGCCUUCAAGGUGGUUACCCUUGGCGAUAUCCCAGACGGAACGCUGGUCACAGUAAUGGCGGGAAAUGAUGAGAAUUACUCCGCUGAGCUCCGCAACGCUACAGCCGCCAUCAAGAACCAAGUGGCUCGAUUCAACGACCUGCGUUUCGUGGGCCGCAGUGGACGAGGGAAGAGCUUCACUCUCACCAUCACCGUCUUCACAAACCCUCCUCAAGUGGCCACAUAUCAGAGAGCCAUUAAGAUCACAGUGGACGGACCCCGAGAGCCCCGACGCCACCGACAGAAGCCGGAUGAUGCAGUAAAGCCAGGCGCGUUAGCUUUCUCUGAGCAGUUGAGGCGAAGUGCCAUGCGGUGCAGCCCACACCACGGCCCCGCCCCCAACACACGCCCCGCCCUCAACACGCCCCCCUUUGGCAGCCCCGCCCACAGCCAGAUUCCCGACUCUCGGCAGAUGCAGACGUCUCCAUCCUGGUCGUAUGAGCAGUCGUACCCAUAUCUGGGGCCGAUCUCCACCCAAGCGGUUCAUCCUACAACACCAAUCUCACCCAACCGGACCGCUUUACACUGUCCAGAGCUGACGGCGUUCACAGAUCCGCGUGUGGGUUUGGAGCGCACCUUCCCGUCACUCCCGUCUCUCCCAGACGGGCGUUUCUCUGAUCCACGGGUGCCUUACCCCACCGGCGCCUUCACCUACACCCCCACGCCCGUGACCAGCGCCAUUGGCAUUGGCAUGUCAGCUAUGAGCAGCCCUGCUGGACGCUACCACACAUACCUGCCACCAGCGUACCCCGCGGGCUCCUCACAGGGCCAGGCUGGAGCCUUCCAGGCGGGCUCAUCCCCGUAUCACCUGUACUACAGCAGCGCUGCCGGAUCAUACCAGUUCUCCAUGAUGCCCAGCGGAGGAGCGGCCGCAGGAGAGCGUUCGCCACCCCGAAUCCUACCCUGCACCAACGCCUCCACAGGCUCCACCCUCCUGCACCCAUCGCUCCCCAAUCAGAGCGAGGGAGUAGUGGAGGCGGAGGGAAGCCACAGCAGUUCGCCAACCAACAUGUCUGUAGAGGCCGUCUGGAGGCCAUACUGACAGCCAAUAGGACGCUGGCAGCUCAUUUAAAGGGACAGUUCACCCAAAAAUGCACAAAUUUACCCACUAUUUAUAAUCUGUAUGAGUUUCUUUCCUCAGUUGAACACUAGAGAAGAUAUACUAAAGAAAGCAGAGAUCUGUUGACUAGCAUAGUAGAAAAGACACAUGAAAGUCAAUUGAUUUGCAAUACUUUAGACUUUAUUUCCAGCAAAUUAAAUUAAAUCAAAUCAUAAAACAGCCAGAAAGGAGAAAUGACUGUAUUUGUGCCGAAUAGUAGCAUCAUUGCUCCAUCAGUACGUUUCUAUGCUUUUUAUACAGUUUCUAUUGUAAUUUGCAGGUUAAGUGCAGUUAAAUCAUAAAUUAACAGUCAAAGUAAAUAGGGUACAUGCACAGCUAGAGUUUCUUCAUACCGAUAAACAUCCGGUGAACAGUUUAUACCACUUUUUUCAAUUUUAUACGGUUUCUUUUACAGCAUUGAUGUUGUAAUGUUAUUAAAAUAUAAUUAGUUAAAUAGACUUCUGCAUUUAUUUAGUUUUUCAAGUGUAAAACGAGAUGAAAAGUCCUUUACACGCACGCGCCUGUCACGAUCAGCUGGCUAGCGCUGAAACUGCAUUGAAAACACUGGGGUAAGAUACUCGGAGAAAUGUUAUUUAAUGCAGUGCUUCUUCUACAAUCUGAGACCCACUUUAUAUGGUAUAUCAAUCAGGCAGUGAAGAUCAUUGAUUUUUAAAGGAAACAGACCUUGAACGCAUACGGCAUACAGUUCAACAGAAGCGUUUGACCCAAGUUACUAAAAAAAUUAAAAGUCUUUUCGCAUACUUCUGCAUAUAACCCAUAGCAGAAGUGAACAAAUAGAUUUUCCCUACUAGCAAACAUAAAUCUGUAAGCAAAAGAAACUGACAGCAAAUAUAAAAGCAGGCCCUUAUGCUCCAUAAUGUCAUCACUAAUGACUAGGGCCAGACAGAAUCUGCGGACAUUUCUGCGGAUUUAUGUGGAAUUGUUUGGGUAUAUGUAACUAAAAACUAAAUAUAUAUUACUCUUUUAUUUAAUGUUUACAAUGCAAAUCCAUCUAGAUCCACUUAUUUGGUAAACAAAGCAAGUCUCUCAUCUAAUAGAUCUACUAAAAGAGAGAAAAUAUGACUUUACAAACUCAAGAACAGUCAAUAAUAUUAUUGAAGUUAAUUUAAAAACUGAAUUAUUAUAAAUGUACACAAGUAAAUAAACAGACUCAAUGAUGGGCUGAAAAUCUGUGGAUUUCUGUCUGCGCAGAUUGCGUGUGGGCCUACUAAUGACUAAAUCACUGAUGAAUAUCCACAAGAUAAAGGUAAACAUCACUAAAUUGGAGCUCUGAUAGGAACAUACAUUUUUAUUUUGCUUAAUAUUAACAUUGCUCAAGGGGGUGAAUAAUAUUGACCAUAAAAUGCUUGAAAUAAAAAUUAAAAACUGCUUUUAUUCUAGCCGAAAUAAAACAAAUAAUUUCUCCAGAAGAAAAAAUAUUAUAGGAAAUACUGUGAGAAAUUCCUGAAUCUGUUAAACAUCAUUUGGGAAAUAUCAGUGUUGUAUUAUAGUCAUAGAAGGGUGAAUAAUUCUGACUUCAGCUGUAUAUAGAGUAGAAACAGCAAGCAAAUCUGUUCUUCAUCCAUAUAUACAUUGUGGAAUUUAUAUACUUAAUUAAUGUACUGCUUUUUGAAGCACUUGUGUUCCACAAUUUCACAAAUAUGACGUGUAAUUUACACGAAUAUUGGUAAACAGAUGACAGUAUGAGCCAAUUGUGCUUUAAGAUCCCAGUGUAGCCGCCAUUACGGCUCCUUGUUUUGUCUUAUUUUCAGUCUCCGCACAGGUCACAUGAAUGAAAACUAUCAAUAGGUUUUCAGCAUUCUUCAAAAUAUCUUCUUUUGUGUUUAACAGAGUAAAGAAACUCAUAAAGGUUUGAAAUAACUAAAGGGUGAGUGAUUGAUGACGGAGUUUUCAUUUUUGGGGGUACUGUCUCUUUAAGAGGAUUCUGAUUGGAGCAAUAGACUCUGGAGGCGGAGUUGUGCUUUAUUUCUUUUUUCACAGCACAGCAUGAGAUUCGUUCGUUUGUUUGUUUGUCUUUUUUUAAAGUUGUGAAUAGUUUGUAUUAUUAUUAAUAUUAUUAUUACUGUUGUCUCAUCAUCAUCAUCAUCAUCAUCACCGUGUGACAGAUUUCUCCUUUAAUAGCUGACCGGCGUUUCGUAGUCAAUUAAAACAAACGUUCAUACAGUGUUUACUGUAAAUCUGAGGCCAGAAACAAACUCUACACCAGACUCCAAUGCAGACGGCGGUGUUUGUUUCCAAGCGUGCCACAAACUAGAUUCAACAUGAUUUUGAUUAUGCAAACUGCUAUUCUAACAGUCCAAACCAAAAUAACUUUGCAUUGAUCCGCUUGUUAAGUGUGACGUCGCAUGAAGCGGCUUCCGGGUCCAAGCGCUCUAUCAAACUAAAUGGGGUGACUCAAUAAAUGGUAUUAAUAAACGUUUGCAAAGCGUUGUAAUACUUCCGAAAAUCACGAUCACAGCAUAUACAGAACCAUGCCUAAUAUCUGAUGGCCAGAAAGUGAUUCAUUUUUUAUAAAUUGGUAAAACUUUGGUAUUUGUGAUGGAGAAAGUCCAGAGAUUGUCAUGUACACCAUGCCUUUAUAUAGAAUUCACUUUAAAGUGUGAUAUGAUUAAAAGGAGGCCAUAAUUGAGCAUUUUCUCUAUUCAAAUGAGGAGCGGCUUGGACCCAGAUACAGUAUUGCAUAUGUCACGACCUAACAAGCGGAUACAACAGUUUACGCCAUCACUGACGAUAUUAAUGCCAUAUUUAUUAAUUCAAUGCUAUUUUAUUCUUCAUUAAUGUUCACUUAUUUAAUUCCUCAUUACAUGUUAUUAGCAGUUAAAUCAUUUAUUUAAUUAAAUACUCCUUCAGGUUUCUUUCAGGUUGAGGUCAUGAAUAUGCUAAAUAACUCCUGUGAUCUAUAAAUAAAAGAAAAUUAAAUUAUUAUGUAUCGCUGCUUAUUGACAAGCGUGAUUUAAUAUUUCAGACCAUUCAUAAAAAUAAUAUCAGUUGAUCUCCUGUUUGUUUUAUACAUGCAUAAGAGCUUUAAUUAAAUAUAAUAAAUAAUAAUUUCUGCUUUUGACAAUAAUUCGAUAUUUAAAUCUUUAUUUCUUAAAUUAAAUAUGCACUUAUUUUAAGUCAAUCUCUGCUCAGCAUUAAAUGAUUUACACAUCAAAUCUGUUAUCAGAUGUCUGCAAAAGUAAAGUCAGUUUACAUCUAUUAUUGUUGAUAUGACCUGACUAUAGGUUGCUCAUUUCUCUUGCACUCCAAGUACCAUAUAACAUUAGCUGAGCACAUUCACUCCGCCUAGUCACUUAUUUAAGAGGUCAUACACAGCGGAAUGAACCGCCAACUAUUCCAGCAUAUGUUUCAUAUGUGUGGUUGCCCUCACAGCCACAACCCAGUACUGGAAAACACCCAUACACACUCGUUCACACUCAUACACUACGGCCAAUUUAGUUCAUCAGUUCCCCUAUAGCGCAUGUGUUUGGACUGUGGGAGCAAACCCACGCCAAGACAGGGAGAACAUACAAACUCAGAAACGCCUACUGACCCAGGUAGAACUAGAGACCUUCUUGCUGUGAAGCCACAGUUCUAACCACUGAGCCACCGUGCCACCAAAAACAAUGAAAAAUAAUACUAAUUUAAACUGAUGACAUUUCUAAAAUUACUCCGCUUUCUUUUACGUUCUAGCUCACAUAUCUACAAGCGUUUGCAUUUCUGAUCUUCUGUAGAGUUUGUUUCGGGUCUUAAACUUUCACACCGAUGCAAAAUAACAACAGAUGACAAUAACACAAGGCACAUGUUGAUCGCAGUCUGUGACCUGCUUGAAUUGAUCAGUAAAUCUACAUCUCGUUUUCAACAAAGGAACGUCUUUAAGAGCUUCUGCAGCCUCUGAACUCACUUCACAGCGAUCUGACGUCAGACUGGACAAUUCGAGAAGCCAAACGUGACUUUUUUUGUGUGUAAAUAGAUUGUAAAUGUUGAUUUUGUCACACAACACGACUCUGAACGUCCACACUUGUGAAA